AUGAAGCUUCGCGUGCUGAAAAAUGUGUGCAUACGCGAAGCGCGUAAAGACGCAAACACCGGCGUCAACGUAUUGACGCUGAGCGAUGGGACGACGAUCGAGGUGGACGCCGUCGUCGCCGCCGCGGGCGUCGAGCCGAGAUGCGAUUGGCUCGACGAAGUCGCCGCGCCGAGGUCGAAAUCAGACGGCGGUAUACUCGUCGAUGCGUGCAUGCGCACCGUAGGACCGUACGGCGACUCAAUAUUUGCCGUCGGCGACGCGUGCACGAUGUCGGCGCGCGCGUCGAACCCAGAGACGCCGUGGUUUCAAAUGCGACUGUGGAGCCAGGCGGCGCAAACAGGCGCCUUCGCCGCGAAAGUCGCCGUGGGCGUCUGCGACGCCGACGCCCUCGGAUUCAAUUUCGAAAUCUUUACCCACGUCACCAGGUUUUUCGGUCUCAAAGUCAUCUUGCUCGGGCUGUACAACGCCCAGAAGCUCGACGACGUCCCGGCGAACGAGGUGACGACGUACCAGCGCGAGUCGCUCGCCGACGCGACGUACGUGCGCGUGCUCCUCGUCCGCGGUCGCAUGAUGGGCGCCGUGCUCGUCGGCGACACCGAUCUCGAGGAAACUUUCGAAAACCUAAUCUUAGACGGCGUCGAUCUAUCGCGUUUCGGUCCGAGUUUACUCGAUCCCGAGCUCGACUUGGAGGAUUAUUUCGACUGA